AUGGAAUCGAGUUGUGGACACGGACGGACAGAUACCAGUCGCGUUGACGCGAAGAUGGACAUCCACAUGGGUUUUGUCGCCGCCGACGAGACCUCCUCCGUAGUUCAUCAUGCACUAUACACCUCGUUGAUCAUCAUCUGGCGUGAAGGACGUUUGCGCACAGCAAUGGCAGUGGGGUACCCAGGUGCAGACAUCGUCGACGGGUGGAGAAACUUCAGCGGAUACGAUGCAUAUUCGUGCGUCAGAACAGUGCACUGCAAGCUCGGGAUGUAUUCGAAGACGAGCUCGGCUGUUCGUUGCGUCGGCGCUUGCUUCGCCUCGCUGGCCAUGCCGCCCGACGCGUCCACUCCCAUGACAGGAUACAAUUCUGUCCGACUCAUCCAGUGGCAUUCAAAACUCCAGUCUCCGAGAUCAUCGUUUUGA